AACCUCGGUGACAGCUAUGCUUUUCCUCACCUUAGCCAACCUCUUCAGCUGGAGAGUGACCUCUGCUCUCUGCAUCUUCAUGCUGUUGCUCCCAGAGGUCACAGCGGACAACCUGAACGCCUCAGCGACACGUGUCGGUGGAGGUUCCCAGUGUGGGGAGUACACAAACCAGCUUAUGGAGGAUGGGAUGUGUCGCCUCAUGGCCACCCUGCCUCAGCGGGACGAGCGAAGAUGUCCGGAUUUGUUUCACUGCACGGAUGAGGUUUCCUACUGGCUGCGGGAAAACGAGGAGAGGAAGCAGCAGAUUUUGGCUCUGAAGGAGACCAUCUCUGAGCUGCAGGAGGAACUCAGGAACCACCGGCAUCGCAUCAAAAUCCUAGAGCUGCAGAGUGAAGAGAAAGCCCACCUGAACGUCUCCUUGGAGCUGCGUUUCCAUGAGCUGGAGGUCCACUACACUCAGGCCACCUCCCUGCUGCAUUUACAGGGAACACUGAUCCUGGACCUGCAGAACCAACUACAUAAUCUGACUCUUUCUGUGGAUAAAGUAAACCAAAGCCCUGGCUGUUCAGUCAAUAUUGUCCAUCCCAAUCCUUUACAAAAUACUCCACAAGCCAUGCACGCAGGUAUAAAGCACGUGGGGAACUGUCCCAUGGACUGUGCCUCCAUCUACCAGCGUGGGGUGAGGAGGUCAGGUCUCUACACUGUGGUGCCGUUACUGGCAGGCAUGCCUGUGGAGGUUUACUGUGACAUGGAUACAGAUGGUGGUGGCUGGAGUGUGAUCCAGCGCCGAGUUGACGGUUCAGUGAGUUUUGAUCGCAACUGGAGAGAUUACAGGGAUGGAUUUGGUGACUUGCACACAGAGUUCUGGUUGGGCAACAACCACAUACAUGACCUGACCAUCCAGGGAGAUUACAGCCUCCGCAUCGACCUGGAGGACUGGAGCAACCGGCACAAACAUGCCCUCUACCAGAGCUUCAGUGUGGAUGGUGAAGAGCAUCAGUACCGUCUUCAUGUGUCAGGCUUCAGUGGAACAGUGCAGGACUCCUUCAGCUGGUAUCAUGACAAGCAGGGCUUCAGUACACCAGACAGUGGCAACAUCUGUGCUGAAAUCUCACAUGGAGGCUGGUGGUACAACCAAUGCUUCUAUGCCAACCUGAAUGGAGUCUACUACAGGGGAGGCCAUUAUGCCCCAAAAGGAAGGGGCCCACUGGGUCCCGACGGGAUAGUUUGGUACUCCUGGAAAGACUCUGAUUAUUACUCUCUACGCAAAGUCAGUAUGAUGGUCCGACCGCGCAGCUUCCAUGCCCAAUUGUCGCCCUGA